AUGCGGCGCCAUAUGACCUCCGCUGUUGUGGCUCCUACAUCUAAUCCCCCAUACCGUCUUCCUGAUUCCGUCCCUUGUCUGGCAUUAUUGCGGGACCCUCAGCCUUACUGUGAGGACUGCUUGGUGCCGUUCACCGUGCGGCACCUGUUGGCACUAGUAAGCGAUAAUGGCAACAAUAUAGAGAGGUUUGUUUCAACCAAGGAAUGCUACCACAUAGAACGUCAUCAUUUUCAUCCAGAUCACGAUCGCCUGGGGCUGCAGUUAAUAGUGACGGCUGCUCGCUACCGUAUGAGUACAACGAUUGUAACUCCUCUGAUGCAUUGGUCAGCUUUCUGCAUAGCCAUCGCUCCGGGUGAACCAGCUACCAUUUACUUCAAUGGAGAGAAGGCAAAGAACGCAACAAACACGUUUGGUAACGACAAGGACAAGACUCGGGCUUCGAGGAACACAGUGCUGAUGGACACCGAUGGCACCAUUGUGCUGGGCCAGGACCAGGAUGCCCCGGCAGACGUCUAUGACGCCGCGGAAUCCUUAAGUGGAUCUGUCACGGACAUGAACGUGUGGUCUCGACGGCUACGCGGAGACGAAAUGGCGGCGAUCUCUGGCUGUCUCACCAGAGGGAAGGGCGACGUCCUAGACUGGGACAAUUCCGAAUUUGAGAUUGGUUUAGACUGUUCUAUAGUGUGUGCACAUGCGCCUCUUUCAUUAGACUAGAUCCUACUUGUUCAUUAUGUGUGUGUGUGUGUGUGUGUGUGUGUGUGUGUGUGUG